AUGAACCCUCCAACUCAACCCCGCGGUGCUCCCCUCUCCAUCACAGCCACCUCUCAAUCCCAAUCUUCCUCCUCAUCGUCAACGCCCGCAAACAACUAUUCAAAUUUCCCCUUAUCGCCCACAUCCUACACCCCCUCCCCCAUCUCAUCCACCUACUCCCCACUCAUCUCCCACUCUCAACCUCCCCGCGGAAUCGGCACCCAACGCCGAGCAACCGAGCCUCCAAAAUCUGCGACUUCCUCCCUCUCCUCCUCGCCCUCAAGCCCAUUGCGAUUCUUCACCCGUAAUGGGGUCACCGAAAGCCCAACACGGAUGAACACAACCCCAACGCGAGCAAGCACAGGAAAUUCCGGUAUGAAUGGUGAGAAAAUCAAGAGAUUAAGUGAGGGGAGUCGACGGUAUAGCGGGGAGAAGAUUAAUGUCCAUACGGAGUGUGGGAGACAUAGUGAUGAGUGGCUCUUUGGUCCUAUGAAGGGAGCUGUGAGGAGGAUUUUGGAGAGGGGCGAUAGUAGGGAUCGGGUGAAGGAGGAUAAGGGGAAGGGGAGGGAGUAG